AUGUUCGAGCGAACUUGUGCCUACAAUAUCAACAACAAUUUGCACAUUCUCGUCCAGAAAAUCUGCGCCAUGGUUGAGAUCGGAAAACUUCGACCGGACAAUAUCAAGACGAAUUUUGCGUACGAUUCCUUAAAGUAUCAACUGCAAAAGAUUGAGCCGCUCCUCGGUGACGACGAGUAUCGGAUUGUGUUCAAAGCUAUCCUCAUCGAUGUCAGACGUGAUAAUCAAGAAGCAUGGGCUCUCAAAUACGCGUGCAAGGAGACACAAAAACGCUUGAAUCGUCGAGUCGAGUUGAGGCAAAAGGAAAUCGAUCGAAUUGUUGACGGAAUCGAGAACACGAAUUUUGGACAGGACAAAUUU